UCCUGGGGACACCGAGGCCCUCAGGUGUCCUCUCACCUUUUCCUCUAUCUGUGUGUCUUCCAAGAGCUCGCUGGCGCGCCCCGCAGAAGACACUGCGGGGGACGCUACCACUGCCGCGAAUCGAGGAGUUUCUUCUUCCCGGAUGUGACAACAUGUUGACCCGGAAAAGGAGGACGCUGGGGAAUUGGGUCCUCGGCCGCGGCUAUGGAGGGAGCCGGCUACAGGGUUGUGUUCGAGAAGGUGGGCGUGUACCUCCACACUAGUGCCAAGAAGCAUCAGGACCCCGACUCCCUCAUCGCUGGGGUCAUUCGUGUGGUGGAGAAGGACAAUGACGUCCUCCUCCACUGGGCCCCUGUGGAGGAGGCCGGUGACUCCAGCCAGAUCUUCUUCUCCAAGAAGGACCCAAAUGGGGGUGAUUCCUGCCCACCUGAGGAGGAGCCCACCUUUGACCCUGGCUACGAGCCUGACUGGGCCGUCAUCAGCACUGUACGCCCCAGGUCCCGCAGCACCAAUCCCACGAGAGGUGCAGAGCCCAACCCUCCGCGGGACUCCUGGGCCUUCUCGGUGAGCCUGGGGGAGCUCAAGUCCAUCCGCCGCUCCAGGCCGGGUCUAGGCUGGGCCUACCUGGUGCUGGUGACCCAGGCUGGGGGCUCCCUCCCAGCCCUCCACUUCCACCGCGGCGGCACCCGCGAUCUGCUCCGCGUGCUCAACCGCUACCUGCUGCUUGCCAAUUCCCCGCAGGACUCCCGCCUCUACCUCGUCUUCCCGCACGACUCCUCAGCACUCUCCAGCUCCUUCCACCAGCUGCAGCUCUUUGACCUGGACAGCUCCAAUGUGGUGUCGCGCUUCUUCCAGGACCCCUACUCCACCACUUUCAGCAGCUUCUCCCGUGUGACCAACUUCUUUCGGGGCGCCCUGCAGCCACACCCCGAGGGGGCCUCACCAGACCUUCCUCCACCCCCUGAUGACGAGCCAGAGCCCGGCUUUGAGGUCAUUUCCUGUGUGGAGCUGGGCCCGAGGCCAACUGUGGUGAGGGCAUCUCCUGUCACCGAGGAGGAGUGGGCCCGUCAUGUGGGCACUGAAGGCCGCCUACAGCAGAUCCCUGAGUUGAAAGCUCGCAUCUUCUCGGGGGGUCUGAGCCCCAGUCUGAGACGCGAGGCCUGGAAGUUUCUCCUGGGUUACCUCAGCUGGGAAGGUUCCACCGAGGAGCACAAGGCCCAUGUGCAUAAGAAAACAGACGAGUAUUUCCGCAUGAAGCUACAGUGGAAAUCCGUGAGCCCCGAGCAGGAGCGGAGAAACUCCCUGCUGCAUGGCUACCGGAGCCUCAUUGAGCGAGAUGUGAGCCGCACGGACCGGAACAACAAAUUCUACGAGGGGCCCGAGAACCCGGGGCUUGGCCUGCUGCACGACAUCCUGCUCACCUACUGCAUGUACCACUUCGACCUGGGUUACGUCCAGGGCAUGAGUGACCUCCUCUCCCCUAUCCUCUUCGUCACUCAGAAUGAGGUGGACGCGUUCUGGUGUUUCUGUGGCUUCAUGGAGCUGGUGCACGGGAACUUCGAGGAGAGCCAGGAGACCAUGAAGCGGCAACUCGGGCAGCUCCUGCUGCUGCUGCGGGUGCUGGACCCGCUGCUCUGCGACUUCUUGGACUCCCAGGACUCUGGCUCACUCUGUUUCUGCUUCCGGUGGCUGCUCAUCUGGUUCAAGAGGGAAUUCCCUUUCCUGGAUGUCCUUCGCCUGUGGGAGGUGCUGUGGACCGGGCUCCCUGGGCCCAAUCUACACCUGCUGGUGGCCUGCGCAAUCCUGGACAUGGAGCGGGACACCCUCAUGCUCUCUGGCUUCGGCUCCAAUGAGAUCCUCAAGCACAUCAAUGAGUUGACCAUGAAGCUGAGCGUGGAGGACGUGCUGACCCGGGCGGAGGCCUUGUACCGGCAGCUGACAGCAUGCCCGGAGCUGCCCCACAACGUGCAGGAGAUCCUGGGGCUGGCACCCCCCGAGGAAGCCCGCAGCUCCUCACCGCCGGCCUCCCCUCUACCGCUGUCACCCACUCGGGCCCCUCCAGCCCCACCGCCCUCCACAGACCCGGCCCCACAACCCGACAGCAGCCUUGAGAUCCUGCCUGAGGAGGAUGACGACGGCGCGGUCCCUUAAUGCCGCGCAGCCACAGCCGGCUCGCACAGGCACUUUAUCUGCCAGACUGCACCCCUGACGGCGGGGCGCCCCACCUUAACGACCUCGGGGUCGAGGGUUUCUCCACGCUGGUGGCUGGGAGAGGCUGUCACAUGUGCUGGGACCUCGACGGGGAGGCGGGGGGAUGUGAGGGUGGCUGGUGGCCCCGAGCUGACCCAGCCUGGCUCAACCCUGAUCUGGCCAGUGAGUCUGAGUCCAAAGAGGAGGUUUGCGUGUGUGUGUGUGUGUGUGUGUGUGUGUGAGUGUGUGUGAAGGCGCUUGUGGAGUCCCCGACACCUUCAUCUGCCCAGCUUGGGAGCAACGAGGAUGGGGUGCAUUGCUGUUUGGGGGAAGUAUCCGGACAAAAGCCAGAUAA